AUGAACGUUAUCAAGCUGCAGAAAAAAUUCCCUGUGUUGGAACAACAGGACCUCUUCAAUAUUAUUGAUGACUUCCGCAAAAUCGACUUGGACGACAAGGGCUGGGUAGACAGGAAACACGUGAUUGAAGCCGUCUCUAACGACGGCAAGGGCUCGUACGACGAUAUCAGAGAAACUUUGAAGCAGGUCAAUGUGGACGCUUCGGGACAUGUGGAGUUGGAAGACUUUGUCGAGCUGCAUGCGAAAUUGAAGGAAAAAAAGCUUCAGCCGCCUCCAUCUGGCUCCUCUGGCGUCAGUGCCGGUUCUGCUGUGUCCGGUAGCUCGUCAGCAGGCGGCUUUGUUCACAGAGGUACGGGUGCUUCGGCUAAGGUUAUUGUUACCGGUAAAUCGGGAACCACGCACACUAUCAACGACGAGGAGAGAAUUGAGUUCACCAGACACAUCAAUGCUGUGUUAGCAGGAGAUCCACAUGUCGGCGACAGAUUGCCUUUCCCAUUGGACACUUUCCAGAUCUUUGACGAGUGCACGGACGGUCUGGUUCUUUCCAAGCUGAUUAAUGACUCUGUUCCAGAUACUAUCGAUACUAGGGUGCUCAACAUCCCCAAGAAAGGAAAGAAACUGAACAAUUUCACCAUGCUGGAAAACGCCAACAUUGUGCUUAACUCCGCUAAGGCUAUUGGCUGCGUGGUGGUUAACGUGCACUCCGAAGAUAUCAUUGAGGGAAAAGAACACUUGAUUCUAGGCCUUAUCUGGCAGAUCAUCAGAAGAGGAUUGCUCAGCAAAAUCGAUAUUAAGCUCCAUCCUGAGCUUUACAGACUGCUGGAAGACGACGAGACCUUGGAACAGUUCCUCAGACUGCCUCCAGAACAGAUCUUGCUCAGAUGGUUCAACUACCAUCUGAAGGCAGCAAACUGGCAUAGAAGAGUGUCAAACUUUACGAGUGACGUGAGCGAUGGAGAAAACUACACCAUUUUGUUGAACCAGUUGCAGCCAGAGUCCUGCUCCAAGGCUCCUUUGCAGACGCCUGACCUGUUGCAGAGAGCUGAGCAGGUGCUGGAAAAUGCUGAUAAGAUCGGGUGCAGAAAGUACUUGACUCCUACUGCCUUGGUUGCCGGUAACCCACGUCUGAACCUUGCCUUUGUGGCUCAUCUUUUCAACACUCAUCCUGGUCUGGACCCAAUCGAGGAGAGCGAGAGGCCAGAAAUUGAGGAGUUCGAUGCAGAGGGCGAGAGAGAGGCUAGAGUGUUUACUCUGUGGCUUAACUCUUUGGAAGUCGAUCCGCCAGUGGUUUCUUUGUUUGAAGACCUAAAGGACGGUACUAUUUUGCUGCAGGCUUUCGACAAGGUGAUGCCCGGUUCUGUUAGCUUGAACCACAUAAAUAAGAGACCAACCUCAGGAAAGGAGAUGAUGAGAUUCAAGGCGCUGGAAAACACUAAUUAUGCGGUUGAGGUUGGAAAGGCCAACCGGUUUUCGCUUGUCGGUAUUGAAGGUUCUGACAUUGUGGAUGGCAACAAGAUGCUCACCCUGGGACUGGUGUGGCAAUUGAUGAGAAGAAACAUCAACAAUACGCUCCAGAAACUUGCCUCCAACGGUAAAGAGCUUACCGAUGCCGAGAUCCUUAAUUGGGCCAACACGCAGGUCACCAAGGGUGGUAAGAACUCGACGAUUCGCUCUUUCAAAGAUCCUUCGUUGGCCACGGGUGUUUUCCUUCUCGACGUGCUGAAUGGCUUGAAGCCAGGCUACGUUGACUACUCGCUGGUUACUUCAGGUGCUACCGAGGAAGAGAGAUACGCCAAUGCCAGAUUGGCCAUUUCAAUUGCUAGAAAGCUUGGUGCUUUGAUCUGGUUGGUGCCAGAGGAUAUCAACGAGGUCAGAUCAAGACUGAUUCUCACAUUUGUUGGGUCCUUAAUGUCCUUGAAGGUGUGA